GUGUGUUUGUGUGUGUGUGUGUGUGUAAGAAAGAGAGGAGAAGCCCGAGUCUUUUAUGAAAGUCGCACACCAAGCCUCACAUAGCCAUUUGACAGUGUUGAACGGUUGACCUCAGGAUGAAGAUGAAGAUCCUCUACCUCUGCCUGAUCUUAGGAGUCAAUGUUGCCAUGGCACUAAUCCAGGUGGAUGGAUAUGUAGGUAGAUCAGCAGUGAUCAGAUGCCCCUAUGAUAGAGGAUAUGAGGGAUACUUCAAGUACCUCUGCAGAGGAAAGUGCAUCUGGGGGAGUAAAGACAUUCCAAUCAGGACUGAUGACGGUCAGACCAAAGCAAUCAAUGGCAGAUUCUCUCUGCAUGAUGACACCACUACUGGAGUCUUCACUGUGACCAUCACUGGACUGAGUGCAGGGGAUUCUGGACAGUACUGGUGCGGGAUUACCACAGGACCUGGAAAGUAUGAUAUAUAUACUGAAGUGGAGUUAAAUGUUAAAAAAGGUCCCCCUCCCACCACAAACCUGAAGUUGCAGGCGCCAGUGGUGCCCAGACGGACUAAAGUCCUCACAACUCCUGCGGUGACUAUUGUAUCAAGCACAUUACCUGCGGUGACUGAUGUAUCAAGCACAUCAACACUCGUGACAACAGAUUACUUUGCCUGUGAAGACUGUAGGGUGAACACUGCCAUCAAAAGUCAACAACCAGCUAUAAGCUUUAAUGUGGUUGUGGUUAGCGGUGCUGCUGGACUAGCAGUUCUGCUAAUCAUCGCUGUGGUUCUGGGGUGUCGUGCAGCAAAGAAGAAGAGAAAGAAGAGCUUGGAAACGCCUGAUGACACAACUUUAAGCCUAAGUGCCCUUACCACUGCAAACAUUUACAGAGACACAGAAACUACUAGAGAGGGAAACACUCCUCGUGAGAUUGACCCUGUGUACGAGUGCCUGGACAUGAAGGAGUGUGGUCCUGAUGCGGAGUAUGAGAGGAUGGGAGCGCUAAACAGUGGGAGAGCUCCAGUAGCACGUGUCAACAGGUCUCCUGGGAAGGGAGAGGAAAAGGACACAGUUAGCAAGGCUAAGAAAGCUCCGGAAAAUGAAUAUGAACCCAUGAAGGACACCCGUAGCAUUAGCAAGGCUAAGAAAGCUCCGGAAAAUGAAUAUGAACCUAUGAGGGACAUCCGUAGCAUUAGCAAGGCUAAGAAAGCUCCGGAAAAUGAAUAUGAAUCUAUGAGGGACACCCAUAGCAUUAGCAAGGCUAGCAAAUGUGCUGAUAAUGAAUAUGAAUCUAUAAGGGACACCCAUACCAUUACCAAGGCUAGCAAAGGUGCUGAGAACGAAUAUGAAUCUAUGAGAGGCACACUUAGCAUUGCUAGUAAGGGUACUAAACAUGAGCACAACCUCAAGAAGGCUGCACUUAGCAAGGCAAGGAAAGGUGCAGAAAAUGAGUACAUGUCCAUGAAGGUCACUCUUCCUGGAGAUGUGAAGAGCACUGGUACCGAGUAUGAGUCCAUGAGGGACACCCUGAACAGGGCAACGGGAAUAGUGCAACACGGUAAUAGUGCUGGAAUGGAGGAAUGAGUGAAUAAAUGAAUGUGUGGUCAAAAUGAAUCCAAGACAACUGGUGUGAGACUGCAGCUUUAUUCACGAUACCAGGAGCAUGUUACCCAAAAUAUGAAUUAAAUGAAUGAGUGAGUGAGUGAGUGAACGAGUGAAUGAAUGAAUGAAUUAAUUAAUGUGUCAACAGGAGAUUGGGAGUUGAAGGCACAGUCUGAAAUUUUGUUGAAAGUUGGGCAUAUCUGUCUAUCUAUCUGUCUAUCUAUCGAUCCAUCUAUCUCUCUAUGUAUUACUUAAUAGACAUCCCUGAUCCUAUAGUCAUCUUUCUUGGUUGAGAUUAAUUUGGAAUUUUGCACUUUGUAUAGCUCUUUGUAUAGCAUGGUGAUGAUUGCUGGUAUAAACAGAGUGUUUAUUAUUGUUGCUGUUUUCUAUUCUUCAUAUGUGUUUGCAUCUGUAUAAUAUUUUCUAUUUUUAUUUUGUACAUAGUGUACCUUACAUAUUAGUA